GUCAUGUUCCGUUCUUAAAAUUACUAGGAGAGAGCAAGUAAAAUAUAAACGUGGUGUAUUUUUGUUCACGUAAAACCUUUGAUCCUAAUACAAAAUGUUACUUAUUUUAAAACAAGCUCAUAAGCAGCAUUUAGUAUUUUUAACUAAACAGACGACACAAGUUUUGCAGGACUUCUGCAAAUUAGCUUUGGAUUAUCUACAGAAAGGACCAAACUUGAAGUUUUACAGUUCCGCUGCACAAAAACUAGAAGUUCAACCAGAAGUUAUUAAAAGUUCUAUACAAGGCCUUGUUAAUUUUUUUUUAGAAAGCUGUAGACAUAGGUUGAAUGUCAAUGAUUUUCGAGACUCUGCGGUUGCGUUGGGCUUUACCGAAGAACAAGAAUCUUUGUUAAGCAAGCUUUAUGCAGUAAAAAAACAGGAUAUAUCGAAAGCUCUUGCAGACCUCAACGCAAAGUCACCUCAGUAUCAACAUAUGGAGUGGAGAUUUGAAGCUCAGAUUGCUUCACGAUCGUCAUCAAACCAGGCUGUACCACUGGUCACUUUCGAUUUUUCUCUUAUAAGUUCAGAGAGCUCUAAAGAAGUAGGACAUGUAUAUGUGCAAUCGGAUCCCUCUAAUUUACUCCAUUUGUUAGACGAAUUAGAGACAGCUAUGCAAGAAGGUCGUAGUCAACAUAUACGUUCAAUCGCACGUAGUAUUAAAUAAUUAAGAUUAAAAUUGUUUUAAAACUACUUUAUAAGUCAAUAAAUCUUUUAUUUUAAGGUACCAACCAU